GACUCCAAUCAAAUUUUCAGAUUUGAGUCCCUCUUGUGCAUCAUCAAAUCCUAUAAAUGAGGUGACUGCUCCCAAUGUUGUGUUACAAUCUCAUUCGCAUUUCUCACACCUCUCUUUGAGUAACACACUUGUUCAGGAUUUGUUGUUCGAAGUAUCAUCCUUAAUCGUGAUCGAUUCAUAAUGCGUCCUUCUACCAUUCUUUCCUCCGUUGCUCUCGGCCUCUUCGCCACGGCCCAAGCUUCAACCAAUGCCACUCUGGACGCUCUCGUUGAGAACGCCAAUGCAAACUUGCUAGAAAUACUCCAAUCUCGAGUUGGUAACCCUUCUGAGACCUGUACCUCCGAGAACGUACUUGUUCGCAGUGAAUGGGGGGCACUGUCAUCAACAGAGAAGAAAGAGUAUAUUGCAGCGGUUCAGUGCAUGACCAAUCUGCCUCCAAUUACACCACUGUCUGUUGUCCCAGGUGUGCGAAGCCGCCACGACGACUUUGGAGCUGUGCAUGUCAACCAGACAGCCUACAUUCACUGGACUUCCAUCUUCCUGGCAUGGCACAGAUACUACACCUGGGCAUACGAAACUGCUCUUCGGGACGAGUGUGGCUACAACGGAACUCAACCUUAUUGGGAUUGGUCCUCUACAGACACCGUUGCCGCGCAUCCUCUCUUUGAUGGUUCCGACACUUCUAUUGGUGGCAACGGGGCUUACGUUGAAGGCUACACGGAUUUUGUGAUUCUCCCAACCCCAGUCAUCGUCAAUGUCUCUGGGGCAGCUGGAACCGGCGGCGGCUGCAUCACAGACGGACCCUUUGUCAACCUCUCCUCCCAUCUCGGUCCACACGGUGCACCCAUUUCAGACGGUUUCGCAUAUAACCCUCGCUGCCUGACACGCAACUUCCGUGACUACAUUCUGCAACGAGAUCUCAGCUACCAGAAUGUCACAACCAACAUGUUGACGGAAGAUUUGCAGAGCUUCAGUAACUACAUGGGAGCUAGUACGGGUCUCCACAGCAAUGGCCAUACUGUUACGGGUGGUCUACAGGAUGAUUUGUGGGCGUCUGCUCAAGACCCGAGUUUCGUCUUUCAUCAUGCUCAGGUAGAUCGCGUGUGGACGCUUUGGGCUGCGCAGAACCAGACUGUCAGAACGAAGGAGGUGUCUGAUACUUUGACUAUCAAGAAUGAACCCCCGUCGGCUAAUGGUACCUUGGAUACGACGUUAAACCUAGGAUACAAUGGCGGAACUAAGACAAUUGGAGAACUUUCUUCCACCAUCGAUGGAAUAUUCUGUUACAUUUAUGCUUAGAGAGGACAUUUGUCUUGAUGAGAAAGGAAAAUUGUAGGAACAACAAACACAUGCUUUAUGUUUAGGAUAGUAAUGGUAAUGACUUAUGAGUCGAACUAGGAUCUGAAAUCUAUGAAGAGCCUCCGGCAGAGGAUGUUCAAACAUAGCUCUAGUAACUUCAAUAUAAUCAGGGCCAUCACCCAAUAGAACCCA